AUGGCGGCCGGAGGGGGAGGUGGGAGCGGGCCGGAGCCCGGCGCGGGGCCGCCGUGCGCCUUCUCCCCGCGGGGCCGGGCCUACGUGGCCCUGGCCGGCGCCGACGGGCACCUCCGCCUCUGGGACACCCGCACCGCCCGCCAGCGCCAGGACUACGUGCCCUCCGCCCACCUCAGCGCCACCUGCACCUGCCUGGCCUGGGCCCCGGCCGGCCCCGACGCCAAGGAGGGCCCCCAGAGGAAAAAAAGGAAAUCUGAAGCUGUAGCAACGAGUGACCAAGUGGAUCUAUUGGCUAUUGGGACGGCUGUUGGCACCAUUUUAUUGUACAGUACAGCAAAAGGCGAGUUACACAGCAAACUGGGAGAUGGACAUACCAAUAGAGUAAACUGCAUACAGUGGCACCAAGACAAUGGUUGUUUGUAUAGCUGUUCAGACGACAAACACAUUGUAGAGUGGAAUGCACAGAAAUGCAAAGUAAAGUGCAAAUGGAAAGGCGACAACAGCAGCGUCAAGUCUUUAUGCCUCAGCCCAGAUGGAAGGAUGCUUCUUUCGGCUGGUCGAACCAUCAAACUAUGGGACUUGGAGACCAAAGAAGUCUAUAGACACUUCACAGGCCAUGCGACAGCAGUUUCAUCACUUAUGUUCACUACAAUAAGACCGCCUAAUGAAAGCCAGCCAUUUGAUGGAAUCACGGGGCUCUAUUUCCUGUCUGGAGCUGUGCACGAUCGGUUACUCAGCGUAUGGCAGGUGCGGUCUGAAACUAAAGAGAGGAACGCGGUGAUGUCUUUCACAGUUACAGACGAACCUGUCUACAUUGACCUGACUCUGUCAGAAAACAAGGAAGAGCCGGUGAAGUUAGCCGUUGUAUGCAGAGACGGCCAGAUGCAUUUAUUCGAACACAUUUUGAAUGGACAUUGCAAAAAGCCUUUGACUUCAAACUGCUCUGUCCAAAUUGCAACCCCUGGGAAAGGGAAGAAUUCCACACCAACACCCAUCCCUAUCCUAGCAGCUGCUUUCUGUGCGGACAAGCAGUCGCUACUGCUUGUUUACGGCAACGCGUUGCAACCAGCCAUCGAGCGAGUGUCUCUGAAUACUAGUGAGUCCCAUGUAUGCUUAAUAAGAGAUGUUCAGAAGAACUGGGCGCUGAAAGUAGAAUCAGCUGUUACAAAGGUGAGGACCCCAGUGAUUAAUUCCGAAGCCAAAGUUCUAAUGCCUGGGAUCCCUGGACAUCACGCAGCCACCAAAUCUGCUACACCAGAGACGAAGAGAAUAGACAGCAAAAGGAAACCUGGGGGCACAGAGGUUAGCAUUGAAGAGCGCCUGGGAGCAAUGGAUAUCGACACAGUGAAAAUGAAGACAAAAGAUGGCCUCCCUCAGACAGACAGCUUUGCCGUUCUUCUGGUGCAGGGGUUAGAAAGUACUGAUAAUUUAUUGUUAAAUCGAGUGCUUCAGUCAAAGAAGUCGAAUGUAAUAAAGAGCACAGUUCAGAGGAUACCCGUGUAUGCUGUCAUCCCUCUGCUGCAUGAGCUUACCAAGAGGUUGCAAGGACAUCCGCAAAGUGCCGUAUUAAUGGUUCAGUGGUUAAAAACCGUGUUAACUGUACACGCCUCCUACCUUUCCACGCUGCCCGACCUGGUCCCCCAGCUCAGUAUGUUGUAUCAGCUGAUGGAAAGCAGAGUCAAAACCCUGUGGAAGAUUUCUCGCCUUCACGGGAAACUGUUGCUGCUUCUCACACAGGUCGAAGCAUCGGAAAAAACACAGGGAGUGACUCAAAGCGAUCAGACUGCAAAGCUGAUAUACGAAGAACAAUCAUCCGAAGAAGAUACUGAUGAUGAGAUAAUGGCCGAUAAAGAUUCCGAAGAAAGGGAGGAGGAGGAGGAGGAAGAGAACGAGGAGGAGGAGGAAGAGAACGAGGAGGAGGAGGAAGAGAAAGAGGAGGAGAAGGAGGAGGAGGUGGAGGAAGAGGAGGAGCAAGAAAUGUUGGUUGAAAAGGAAAUGAAUGGAGAUUCCGAUUUGGACCCAGAAAAUGAGAGUGAAGAAGAAUAACUUUACAUUUUUUUCUUUGGGGGGAAAAAACACAACUGAGAAAGGUCAGUGGGACUCUGAACUAUAGCUCACCUUUGUCAAAAGCUUCCUGGUUCGCCCGGGAAAGUGUGCCCUCUGUGCCUGGCCUGGGCAGGGACACAGAGGUUCUAACUUUUGCUUCCAUAUCAGAAUGGGGUUUGCCAUGCCAGCCUUCUUCGACCCUGUCCUCCCCCAAGCUUGCCUACUGUGUAAAUAAUAUUUUUUCACCAAUUGUUAAACUUUACACAGUGAAUAAACAUUUUCUUCAACAUACUGACAUGAUUAUUCUAUAACAUCUUUUUUUUUUUUUAAUUGUUAUUAACGACAAAGCCCUUGUCCGAGGGGGUCACAUUCGGAAAUUUUGCAAAACGUGCUCCAGAGGCAUCAACUUCGGGCCAGUCUCAGGUUGGUACGCUUCAUGAAACCCAGGUGUGAAACAAAACUUUGGAAGAGGCAUUGAAGGCCAGCCAUGUAAAGUGGCCCCCACGGAAGUCACUUGAGGUCUUCGGAGAAUCACCCUCGCCCAGUUCCCGGAUCAGCUAAAGCGAAAGGAUAAGCACCUAACUGUGACCAGAUCGUGAUAUUUCCCCAUCCAUAAGGGUUUUUAAAAACAGAGAUUUGUUCGGGUCGGAACGAUCGUGGCCGUUCCAACGUUAAAAUAGCCUCAGAAAUCCUUUUCUGUAAAACGCCAGGUGGAAACCACUGACAUAAGGGAAAGCACACCAGUGUUUGGUGUGUUGUAACUCCUGUGAAAUGCAGUGACCAUUACUAUUGAAGUGGUAAGUGUUGUUCCAGCCUACGUUGUUUUUUUUAAUCAAAAUUCAACUUCUUAGAUCAAAGAUCGUUUGUACUUGUUUCUCUCCUUUGGCUUCAUUUAGCAGUAGCCAGCAGCCCAACCUGCUGCUAUUUUUCAAAAAGAAAGUAUUUUUAUAAUUCAUUAGUAAAUACACCUUUUAUCUCUUUGCAUCAGUCAUGACUAACAAAACAAACUGAAUUUGUUCUUUAUAUGUGUAUGAAACCAGUAUUUUGAUUUUCCUUGUGCUGCAGACGAUUAGAAUGAUCAGUGGCUUCUAAAUUUUUUAAAGAAAAAAAAAAAGCAGUAAUUGAGCCUGUAAAUAAGUGAAUGACGAUCUAAGUGUCGCGGUCAACCAAAAGGAAGGUCUGGGGAACAGGGAUUUUUUGCCUGUGAAAAUGUAAUGCAAACCAGAUGUUAUGGACUUCUAAAUUUCAGUGGCACACCAAGGAUCACUCUUUUCUCAGAUAAUACAGACAUCCUAGGGCAAAGUAUAAGCCAGUCACUGGUAUAAUGUACAGUAUAUUUGUCUAUAAAUGGAGCUGUUUAUGGCAUCGAAAUACCACCCUCUUUGUAAAGUGAAUAAAUCUACAUCUCCUUUA